ACAGGUUUUGGACGGCGUGCAGCAGGGCUGGCCAAGGACUGCAGCUCCUGGAAAACAGCAUUCCUAGCCCUAGCUGCCACAGCUCAGAUGUGUGGGAGCUCAAAAGCCCAGUCUCACAUGGAAGCAAGGUCAUAUGUUGCCACUGAUCAGCAACAGCUGUGGAAUUCUAAGCAGGGCUGUUUUCCUGUAGUGUUUCUGCUGACAAAUAAGCUCUCUUUAGGAAACGAGGUAACACGCAGGCUGACACCACUUGGAAGCACUGCUGAUCCCUGGCACCCAGCACUGCUCUCACCACUACCGUUCUUUCUCAGGAUGCACCUUCCCUAAACCCCUGUGCUCUUUGCACAGGAGUUUUAAAUGCCAGUCCAGCCCCUUCAAAACUGCACGGCUUCAUUUUGUACUGCAGUUUUCAUCUCCUUAUCCUUUUUCAAACGAAACAAUAUUUAACGGGACAGUAUGAAGGUUCAGAAACGUUUCCCUUCAACGAGACUAUCUGACAGCUGCACACCCAGAUUGAGCUGAUGAGGACCAAAAACGAAUCAACCAGGUCUUCAAUUUCUACCCCAACUUUGAAAUGCUGAACAUCCUAUCAGCCCUUCAGGCUCGAUUCAAAGCCUGGUGACAUCAUUUAGAAGUACGGAGGUCAGGAAUGACGCGAGAAUAGUUCUAUUGACCUCCCCACACACACCUGAGGCUGUAAGCGCGCAGCAGCCGCCCGCAACGCCUCAGACUGAGGAGAAGCCGCGCGCGCACUCCACAGCCGCGCGCCAUCCCCGCCCCGCGGCGCAGCACCGCCCCCUCCCGCUGCAUCCCGCGAGACUACAAAUCCCGGCAGCCCGCGCGCGGCCCCUCCUAUUGGCUGGCGCAGGCAGGAAGCGAUCUGCGAGGUGAAGGGUGAGAGGAGUCUGACAUGGAGGAGGUGAAAAAUGGACAUCCGCCAGAAGAAUUGCUUGAUCACUUAAAGCUUUCUGAUCAGAAGUCAGCAGAGAGCACCAGCUCAUGGGCAUCUGGCCCCAAAGAUGCCCAGAAUCCUCCAACUAUGGAAAGUGGCAAUAUACCAUCUUCAGCCAAAGAUCCCACCACAGCAGAUGAGUGUUUCCAUGACUGUCGUGACUCCUUUGAGGUGAAAGAGCCUGUACUGGAUGAUGAGGGAAAUUCACAGAAUGAUGAGAAUAGCACAAGGAAGCAGACAGAGCUAGACGAGGAAUACUUACUAGAACUGGAAAAAGAUAUGCCAGAGGAAGAAAAACAGAAAAGAAGAAAGGAAAGCACAAUGCUGAAGGAGAAAGGAAAUGAACAGUUCAAGAAAGGAGAGUAUGGAGAGGCAGAAGACUCUUACACAAAGGCUCUGCAAAUUUGUCCAGCCUGCUUCCAAAAAGAUAGGGCUGUUUUGUUUUCAAACAGAGCUGCUGCAAAAAUGAAACAGGACAAGACAGAAGCUGCUCUAAAUGACUGCAGCAAAGCAGUGGAAUUAGAUCCUAACUAUAUAAGAGCUUUGCUGAGAAGAGCAGAACUACAUGAAAAAACAGAAAAACUAGAUGAAGCUCUGGAAGAUUAUAAAGCAAUCCUAGAAAAAGAUCCAUCAGUUCAUCAAGCCAGAGAAGCUUGUAUGCGAUUACCUAGACAAAUUGAAGAGCGGAAUGAAAAAUUAAAGAAAGAAAUGUUAGGCAAACUGAAAGAUCUUGGGAAUUUGGUUCUCCGCCCCUUUGGCCUGUCAACAGAAAAUUUCCAGAUAAAACAGGAUUCAUCAACUGGCUCAUAUUCCAUCAAUUUUGUUCAAAAUCCAAACAACAAUAGAUAACAUGAAUUCAGCUUAGUUCUGCUGGCUUUCAGGCUUCGUGACCAUGUGCUUGCACGUACCAAUACAAGGAUUCAGCAAACAUUCUUCACUCUGUCCAAGUGAAGAUAGACUCAAGCAAAUUCAUUUCCCUGCUUAUAAAUUAUUUACAAUGUGGAUGUAAAGAAAGUCAUUUGACUUCUUUUAGUGAUAACUAUGUCCUGUGUGUGAUUCUUCACUUGCAGUAUUUGGCUUGUCCACCAGUCAGGUACAUUAUUUUGGCCCAUUCAAUGCUGGCAAGAAAAUUCUAGCAAGCAGUUCAGUUGAAUCAAAACGCCCAUGCACCUGUGGCCAAGAACAAAGCCAAAUGGUGUCUUGGGGAAUUAAUGAAUCUAGCAGAAGCACUUCUCCACAUUCGGGAGGUGGAUGUGACUGACAGCAUGCAUGGAAGCAAGCCGACCUCCUCUGUGGAAUAUUUUUUCUUGGUAAUAAAGGCUUAGUAUUUCUGUUGGAUUGAAUGUGAA